AUGGAAUUCCCAAAUAUAGGCAAACAAUGUGCGCAUUCUCAAUGUAAACAAUUGGACUACCUUCCACUUGUUUGUAAAUGUGGUGAAAUUUUCUGCUCAGAGCAUUAUAAUGGACAUAUUCAACAUUGCGAAGUUGCCAACCCCAUUAUAGAAGCCAAAUCAAAUAAUCAAGUUGAAAGUGUAUUCAUUUGCUCUCAUCUUGAUUGCAAAAAAAGAGAUAUUGUUCCCCUAAUAUGUGGAAGAUGCCAAAAACAUUAUUGCGUUGAACAUAGACAUUUGGCAGUGUGUAAUGAUAAAGAUGAAGAAACAUUAAGAACUGAAAAAGAAAAAUUUUCAGCCCCCAUGAGAGCAUUUAAUGAAGCAAAAGCUAUUGUUGAUAAACAGCUGGAUAAAAAUCUUUAUGAGUUGAAGAAGAAUCCAAAAAAUCGAGACAUUGCAAAGAAAGUUCUAUUAAUGAAGAUCAAAAACAAAGCUACUGGACUUACAACAGUGCCAAUGCUUAAUCGAGUUUAUUUCAAUGUAACAUAUGCUGAAAACUCUCUUCCCAUAUUUGUUUCCAAUCAGUGGAGCCUUGGAAGAGCAAUAGAUGCUAUCGCACAAGAAAUGAAGCUUCGGAAUGAUAAUAACAAAGCUACGGACACAAAACUAAGAUUGUUCAAAGAACAGGGGAAUGCAAGUAUUUCAUCUGAUUUGUCAAUUACCAUAAAGGAACUUAUUGAUCAUCAUGUAUUAUUUGAUGGUGAUAGUUUACUUAUAAAAUACGUGAAAAUUAGUUGAAUCAUUUGAUACUAAUAAUAUAUCAUUUUAUUGUUGAGCUAACUAAUAUUUUAAAGAACAAACACACUUCAAAAUUAAAAAUAUAUUUAUGAAAUAAA